UCUGCCUGCUGAUUCACUGCGAGUUUGUUGAUAGUGGAGAGGAAAAACAGAGCAUGCGCUUCUCUGGAUAGAUGUAGCGCCGCCGUCAAUUAAAAAGAAACAAAGAAACAAAGCUGUGUGUGUGUGUAAUUGGAUCAAUGGGGAUAAUGCUGAGCCACGUCGUCUAAUUACAUCAGAGGAGACUGCGGAGAAGACUGCAAGUCCGAUCAGGCUUUAUACUGACUAUUUCUUUUGCUCUACGUGUGUGUGUGAGAGAGAGAGAGUCUCACGAGUGGAGUGGAGUGGAGUGGAGUGGAGUUUUCCCAGUGUGGAUGAUUCUGUGUCCUGGAUCUCAUCAUUUCCAGUUGAGUUUUGUUACCAUGGCAGAAAGGCAAGGCCCCUGAACGCUCUUAGAAUCCUCACUGGGGUUUUUUCCCCUUUUUCUUUCUUUUGCAGAUUGUGAUUAAUCGAAACGGAUUAUUAUUCUUUUUUAAAAUAUUCAUUGCUUUCCUGUAGACUGUAAUAAAGCAAUCCACGGUUGGCUUUCCUUCCUUCCUGAUCUGAUCUGAUCUGAUCUGAUCUGAUCUGAUCUGAUCUGGAGCUCAGCGUUUCCCUGACUGGGACCUUCCAAUUUGACAGAAAGCCGCAAUCAUUCCGUGCUGCAAGGGAGACCCUAAAAUGUCUUCGAACGGGGACCUGCAAGCCAUCGGGAGCUCUGACAGUUUUUGGGAGCCGGGGAACUACAAGAGGACAGUGAAGCGGGUUGACGACGGCCACAAACUCUGCAACGAACUGGUCAGCUGUUUCCAGGAGCGUGCCAAGAUUGAGAAGGCCUAUUCCCAGCAACUGAACGACUGGGCCAAAAAGUGGAGGGGUGUUGUAGAGAAAGGUCCACAGUAUGGCACCGUAGAGAAGGCUUGGCAUGCGUUCAUGAAUGCAGCAGACAAGCUGAGUGAGAUCCACAUGGAGCUGAAAGAAAAGCUGGUUACGCAUGACAGCGAGAAGGUCCGCUCCUGGCAGAAGGACGCCUAUCAUAAGCAGAUGAUCGGAGGCUUCAAGGAGACCAAAGACGCAGACGAGGGAUUCCGAAAGGCCCAAAAACCCUGGGUCCGCAAACUUAAGGAAGUAGAGGCCUUUAAAAAGAGUUACCAUCAAGCCCGUAAGGAGGAACGGACAGCAAUGACGCGUGAGACACAUGCCAAGGCUGACCCCACCAAGUCCCCAGAGGAGGUGCGCAAGUUCACCGAUCGGGUGGAGAAGUGCACCCAGGAGGCAGAAAAGGCAAAGGAGCGCUAUGAGAAAGCUCUGGAUGAGCUGAACCGCUGUAACCCACGGUACAUGGAAGACAUGGAGCAGAUGUUCGAGAUAACCCAAGAUGCUGAGAAGAAGCGGCUGUGCUUCUUUAAGGAGGUGAUGCUGGACAUCCAUCAGCACCUGGACCUCUCCAGCAGUGAAAGGUUUAAGGACUUGUACCGAGAUUUGAGCCAGACCAUUAAUGCAGCCAGUGACACAGAGGACCUGCGGUGGUGGAGGAACACACAUGGACCUGGAAUGAGCAUGAACUGGCCCCAGUUUGAGGAAUGGUCUCCAGAAGCCAACCGCACCAUCAGCCGCAAAGAGAGGAACAGCCAAAUUGAUGAUGUCACUUUGACCAAUAUCGUCUCUGCUCCUGAUGAAGUACCUCAGACUCCACAAGAUACCAUCCGAGCUGCCAAAGAUUACUCCUCGGACUGGUCUGAUGAAGAGAGUCCGAAGAAGUACAUAGCAGCGAAUGGAGUUGAGCUUGAAGAAGAGGAGGAGGAGGAGAAGGUAGCGGGUGUGCGCGUUAGAACACUGUAUGAUUACACUGGCCAAGAAUCUGAUGAGUUGAGCUUUAAAGCAGGUGAAGAGUUGAUGAAGUUGGGAGAAGAGGAUGAGCAGGGCUGGUGCAAAGGGCAGCUGGACAGCGGUGAGGUGGGCCUCUACCCUGCUAAUUAUGUCCAGGUCAUUGGUUCCUGAUGUCCCAUCAAGGCCCACCACCUUCCACGAGAAGGCCAUACCAUCACUGAACUGAUCACACUGAACUGUUCCAGCAGGGAUCACGCGACGCUCUGGAGGCCCUGCCAGCCAUCGCUACAUUUAUACCACCACCAAAAAAUAAAAAUCUCGCAUCUUGUAUACUUUGUUGACAGACUAGAGAAUUUAGGAUCUCGGUACCAUGGCCUAACCCAUGGCUGAGAGUGAGAGACUUUUACAGGUACAGUGCCUUUUCUGGAAGAUUCACACGACUGAUGUAAAGCAGAGCUGAAGAGUUACAGUACCCUCACCAUGCUCAUUACAGACUUUAUGCAUUUCUAAAGGGAUAAAAAAAAUAUAUAUUUACUUUUCCCGAGGUAUCAUAGGGCUGCAUCUACACUAUGGGAAGUUGCGGGAGAUCGGUUUUACUCUGAUACUUCUGUCCUGUACUUGUGAAUUUCAGAUAGAUCAUCAGAAAUCAAUCCAAGUAUUUAUUUCAACAACCAGAUCAAGUUGACCUUGUUUUUCCUCACAAAUGUAUGUUGCUGUGUACCGUACAUGUGUGUGUAAUAAAUAUAUAUUUUUUCUUUAACAGAUUUAGUACUUGAGGACACGCAGGCAGAACUAUUGCUGAACAUAGCUAUAACUCGCUAUAGGAUUCCUCAAAGCAUUGGCAAUUUUCUAAUCUUUCUUUAAGUGUGAACGCUUGGUUUUGCAGAAUAAUCUGGAUUUGUACAAUGCAAGAAAUGUAAGGAUCAAAAUGAGUUCUAGAAGACCAUUUAAUUCUGAAAUGUCCUCACGGAAUUUAUAUUUUUGAAGCAGAGGAUGCUUAAAUCGACUAGUUUUCUUUUAGUUAUGUUUUAAAUUUUAUUUUCUGUUUUUAAUUAAAAGCAACGUUGAAGACUCAGACCAAUGACUUUGUUGAGGUUAUCUGAGCAGCGCAUGUAUUUGUGUGCAUAUGUGUGUUUUCUUGUCUGUACAGACUGUAUGAGUGUCAGAAGAUAUAAGAAUUAUAUACCUGGUUUCCACAUCCAUGACUGAUGCAUAACUGUAAACCUUCAACUACUGUGUCAAACUAAUCAGUGUAAAAAAAAAAAAAUCCAAAUAAACAGAUGAGCUGGUUAUUCA